AUGGCCCUCCCAGCGUACCACGAAUCCCUCCCAUACAUCGACACUGAGCCCACCCCCCAAGCCCUCUCCGCCGCCCACGCCCUCAUCUCCGCCGAACAACAAACCUUUUCCUCCCCUCCCCUACCCACAGAACCUCCCAAAGAGCCCUCCUUCUCACCCGCCAUCGCCGCCGAACUCGACCGCCUCGCCUCCAAGCGCCCCUCCCAGACCCUCGACCUCUCCCGCUACGAAGCCCAAGAGAUCCCCCCUCCCUCGUCCUCUUCAAAGUCCUCUUCCGAUGUCGACGCGCUGAGGGCUCCCCUCUCAAACGCCUUCGUCUCCUCCUCCUACCUCUCCUCCCGCGCCCAGAACCUCAAGCUCCUCGACGCCCACGGCCGCAACGCCUGGCUCCUUUCAAACUACCACCUCGAGGAUCAGCUCCGUAGCAUCGAGCGCGACCUCGCCGACACCAAACGCGACAUUGAACUCGUCAACGCCGCGCGCGCGGCUCGUCAAAACGACGUAAAGGCCGAGAUGCAAGGCCUCGAGCAAAACUGGCGCGCCGGCGUGGGCAGGGCGCUCGAGACCGAAAUCGCCGUCCAGGAGCUCAAGGACCAGAUUCGACAAGAGCUGAGGAACAGGGCAAAUGCUGCUGGAAAUCCUACACAAUAA